AUGACUCCUCGAAAGGCACUCGCAUGCUGCGGUAGGACAUUCGCUCAAAAAGGCAAUCACGAGAGACACAUCAGAACCGUGCAUUCAGAUCGUAGAAGAAUGCCCUGUGGUAGAUUGCUCAAGCCUAGGUCAGACAACGUUAAGCGCCAUGAAAUGCGGUGCGAAACUUGCCGAUGUUCUCGCAGAGGCCAUUCCGCGAGCGAGAACAACUCGGUAAUCAAAUCGAAACCCAUUCACAUUGAAGAUCAAACUCCUACAGUACUCUAUGACCCACGUUCCAUGGAGCCAAUCAGUGUCGAAGGAUUCGACCAACGACAUUUGGAAAUAGCACCAACGGCAGACUCCAGUCAAGCAACCGGAGGCUUGUCUUUGGCCACCAUAGACUCGGCCAUUCCUGCUGAAAUUGAGAUACAGAUUGGCUCAAUCGACAGCAUCUCUGAAUUUCAGGUGCCGUCAAUUUUGUUUGAUACAGCCUUGUCGAACACCAUGGAAGGGCACAUAAGCCAUGGCAUUGGCAAUUUUGAAGACAUCUGCACAUACCACUACCCAUACACUCCCGACGAGUUAGUUCAUUUCGAAGAAGAAAACGCAUAG